CGAGGUGGAUAGAUCGAGUGGCGGGGUAGUCUGCAAUUGUGCCUAGGUACGUUGGUCUGAAUGAGAAUAACACGACACAAAAGUCAACCACCUAUUCAUUGCGCCCACUUCCAUGCAGGAUAACGAAUAGAGGACAACAAUCCUGUCGUUCCCAUGUAGCAACCAUGGAAAACAAGGUUGAAAUUAACGCUUCGCCUUCGAUAGAAUAUGUAAAUUCAAGCGGAGAAACUCCUCCCAACGGCGCCCCGCCCACGUCGUCUUUGGCCAAUAAGGAUAGAGCUGACGAAGAAAAUGACAACAUUGACAAAAGAUCUGAGGAGAAACCGGCGGGAACGAAGUUCACCUACCACCAGAAAGCCACUUUUGCCAGCGCUAUGAUGGCUUCACUGUCAAACAUGAUGGCCGCUUCCAUAAUUUCAGUUUUCUACCCCAUUGAGGCAAAGGCGAAAGGGAUGAACCAGACUGUAAUUGGACUCGUGUUUAGCGCAUUCGCCCUCACUACAGGCAUUGGGUCACCAAUUUGGGGCAAAUUUAUUCCUGUUUUUGGAGCUCGGUUUAUUUUUCUGGCAGGAGCCUUCGUCACCGGUGGAUGCAAUGUCUUGUUUGGGUUUAUUGUUGACAUGCCAACCAGAGCAACUUUCACUGCGUUCAGUUUUGCCAUAAGGCUCUUGGAAGGGCUUGGAAGCUCGGCUACAAAAACUGCGUCAGCGGCCAUUGUGGCGUUUACCUUUCCUGAGAAUGUCGGCACUGCAGUGAGCUUGAUUGAGAUGACCGGAGGGCUGGCAUAUGCAAUUGGACCAGCAAUUGGUGGUCUGUUAUAUGAUGCAGGAGGCUUCCGGUUUCCGUUCUUCGCUCUGGGAGGGCUUGUUCUUGCAAUUGAUAUCGCCAAUUUCUUCUUAUUGCCUCAGCAGGGGCAAAAGAAGGAAGAGUCUGGGCCCUUGACUCUAGUUUUGAGCAUUCCAGCCAUUUGGUUGGCUUUACUUGCUGUCUUUGUGGCAGCGAUUUCCUUAACAUCCCUCGUCCCAACUGUGCCGAUUCAUUUAAAAGAGCUUGGUUUUACUGUGUUGCAGAUCAGUUUCAUCUUUCUAAGUUUCGGUUUAUCUUACGCAAUUUCCUCUGUGAUUUGGGGAGCUGUUGCAGACGCAAAGAAAGCCACACGAAUUAUGAUGGUCUUUGGAGCAUUUGGCAGCGCACUCUUUUUCCUAUUCCUUGGACCGUCGCAACUGCUGAAAAUACCCUCGACCAAGCUGCUAGCUAUCCUUGUUAUUCCAACUGGCACCGUUAUGAUGGGUUUGUUCAUUAUGCCGACAUUCGUUGACAUGUACAUCUCUGCAGAAUGGUAUGGUGUUCCUACCAACCUUGGGGUGACUUCUAUAAUAGCUGGCCUCUGGAACGGUGUAUUUGCAUUCGGGUCCUUGGUAGGGCCCUUGCUUGGGGGCGCUUUGACGCAGGUCUAUGGAUUCGCUUACGCGACUACAAUAUUCGCUGGUGCUUUAAUCUCUGUCAUGAUUGUACUGUGUCUGUUUGGAGUCUGGGAGUAUCGUUGUGGAAAAGGGAGACGGGUCCCGAGAUCACGGCUUGAAAUGCAGGCUAACACAACUGACGAGGAACAGGUGCCACUUAUACCAAAUGAUGUGUGAAGCGAGUUCAUUAUAGCAGCUGAGAGAAGACGCUUCA